CUGUGUUUGUAGUCGGUGUCAUUCUGGGUAAUAUUGAUGGCGGAACUUUGAAGGCACUAGCCAACUUAACCGGCUAAACACUACUGGUGAAAGCUAGUCGUGAUCUGUUUUAUUUUAGGUUUUACUACGGUCAUUAAUACCUUGGAGUUUGUGACACCAAAUUCAGUAAUAGCACCAAAACAUGGCAGAAAGUGCAGAUCAAAGCUCUGACACGAAACAUGACAAUGCUUCCUCUCCUGGUAUUUCAGAUCAAGAAAAAGAGAUGGCCUCAAAUGCUCAUGAAGCAUUCACGGCUGGAAAAUAUGACGAGUGCAUGACGCAUCUUGACAGUCUUCAGGAACUGAACAAGGAAGACUAUAAAAUUUCCCUGAAUAAGGCAGUAACAGAGUUCUAUAAGAGUGGCCAGACCACAACAGGCACUUUAAAGCAGACUCUAAUGACCCUGAAAAGCCAGGUUCAUACAGCUGUGGAAGACGAUGGUUUAGACGACGUGGAAAACAGCAUACUGUAUUACAAUCAAGCCAUCAUCCAUUACCACAUGAGGCAGUACUCUGAAGCGAUCGUCAUCGGAGAAAAGCUCUACCAGUUCCUUGAACCGUUUGAGAAGUUUGCCCAGGCCGUCUGCUUCCUGCUCGUGGACCUGUACCUGCUUACCUUCCAACCGGAGAAGGCCCUGCACCUGCUGGCUGUGCUGGAGAAGCUGACUGUGCAGGGGAACAGCAAGAACGGCAAAGGAGAGAACUCUGGUAAAGACAACGCGAGUCAGAAGGCGGAGUUUAUGGCUAUGAUCGAGGCGGCCAAAUCAAAGAUGCAUCAGUAUAAAGUUCGAGCUUACAUUCAGAUGAAGUCACUCAAAGCCUGCAAGCGGGAAAUCAAGUCCGUCAUGAACACAGCUGGCAACUCAGCUCCCUCACUCUUCCUGAAAAGCAACUUUGAGUAUCUGAGAGGAAACUAUCGCAAAGCCAUCAAACUGCUGAACUCUUCAAACAUUGCAGAGCACCCCGGUCCUCUGAAAACAGGAGAAUGCGUGCGCUGUAUGUUCUGGAACAAUCUGGGCUGUAUCCACUUCGCGAUGGGCAAACACAACCUGGGCAUCUUCUACUUCAAGAAAGCCCUACAGGAGAACGACCACACCUGUGCCCAGCUGGGGGACGGCAGCAAUGGGCAAAAUAAGAAGUUCACAGGCAUUCCCAUGUGUGCCCUCCUGGCGAACAAGCGUUACGAGCUGCUCUACAACUGUGGUAUUCAGCUGCUGCACCUGGGCCGACCGCUAGCCGCCUUUGAAUGCCUGAUGGAGGCAGUUCAGGUGUACCACGCCAACCCACGCCUCUGGCUGAGACUGGCAGAAUGCUGCAUAGCUGCUAACAAAGGGAGCUCUGAACAGGAGAACAAGGGCCUACCCAGUAAGAAGGGGAUCGUCCAGUCCAUCGUGGGCCAGGGCUACCAUCGGAAAAUUGUACUGGCGUCCCAGCCCACGCAGAAUACAAUCUACAGCGAGGGUCAGUCAGCAGCUAUUCCAGUGGCCAGUAUGGAGUUUGCUGCCAUCUGCCUGCGCAACGCCCUGCUGCUGCUCCCAGAGACGGCGCUGCCCGAGGCCCGAGAACAGCAGCCCAGCUCAGACAGCAGCGGGGAGGGCAGCGACGCAGCCAGUGGGAAGGGGCAAGAGGGAGAUAAGUUCCUGCCGGCGGCCCCGUCGUCUCCGCUGCGGAAACAGGAAGUGGAAAAUUUGAGGUGCUCCAUCUUGGCGUGUAGUGCCUAUGUAGCCCUGGCACUUGGAGACAACCUGGUGGCUCUCAAUCACGCAGAGAAGCUCCUGUAUCAACCCAAGCUGUCUGGCUCCCUAAAAUUCCUGGGGCAUCUGUACGCUGCAGAGGCCCUCAUCUCCAUGGACCGCAUCUCUGACGCCAUCGCCCACCUCAACCCGGAAAAUGUCACUGACGUCUCACUAGGGGUGUCUCCCAGCGAACAGGACCAGGGAGCUGAUAAGAGCGAUUUGGAGCCAGUGGAAACUUCAGGGAAGCAGACGCCGCUGUGCUACCCCAGUACUGUCAACUCUGCACGGGCCAUGAUGCUUUUUAACCUGGGCAGCGCCUACUGUCUGAGGAGCGAGUAUGAGAAAGCACGCAAAUGCCUGCACCAGGCUGCCUCUAUGGUGAACACAAAGGAGAUUCCCCCAGAAGCCAUCCUACUAGGAGUCUACCUAGAGCUUCAAAAUGGUAACACACAACUAGCCCUUCAGAUCAUCAAACGUAACCAGCUCCUACCAUCACUCAAGACAACAACGACGUCACCAGACUUGCACAAGAAGCCUGCACCGCCCCCCUACCAGCCCUCUGCCCCCUUACAGCCCAUCCAGGUGCCCUCCAGUUUCACACAGGUCCAGCGCAAAUGACAACCCCCUUCCCCUUCCCCUUCCCCUUCCCCUUCCCCUUCCCCUUCUCGUCCUCGUCCAGUUCAAUGAUCACCACCACCGCUCUACCACGCCACCCCUUGUCUCUCUCUCCAACUGGACCCCCAUACUGUAAGAAAUUGGAGGUUCCUCAGUUUGGCACUGUGGAAGGGGGAAGUUAGAAGUUCUCUGGAAGAAACCCAGAAGAACCAACCUACAGCAUCUUUGGAUGAAUUCCAAGGCAUUCUCUGAGGAACCCUUUUAGAAAGCCUUGGGUUUCUUUGGUUCUUGUAGUCCACCUAUGGGUUCAUCAGAGAACCUUUAGGGGUUCCUUCCACAAGUGACGACUUGAAGGUUCUUUGGGGAGCCCCUCCUGAAGGCCUACUUCCCAGCUAUGAAAUCAACUGAUCUCCAACUAGUAGCAGCAGUGGAGGGAGGCCCCUGAGUACUUUCCCAAUCUCCUGUCCUUCUCAUCUUCCUCCUCCUCCUCUCCACCUCCUCCUCUUCCGCUUUCUCAUCCUGCUCCUCCCCCUCUUCCCUUCCCUCCUCCUGCCUCCUCAUGGGCCCUCUGUGGUUGUGCAGAGCUGUCAUAAGCAGGAGAUUAGAGGGAGAAAUUGGAUGCCCUCCUCUGGUGACCAACACCACAACCGAACUGUAAAGCUUUUGCUGGCUAGAGUAACUGCUCAUUAUCAGCCUCCUGUGGGAAACCGAGAUGAGAUGUAAAAGAAUAAAGCUUUUACCCCUGUA